CCCCAGCUGAUACCCUACAGAGGGAGGAUGCAAUCACGUGACUGUAACUGCUUCCUCCCCAUGACAUCAUUGCUUUUGCAGCCAUACCAGUAACGAAAGGAUGCUAUCAAAAUCUGUGGGACUGGGCUAAAUGAUGUUGCUUUGCAGGUACUAAUAUGGUUAAUGCAGGAGACAUGAAUGGUUCUGGCAAUCUGAUGGAUUUCCUGGAUGAGCCUUUCCCUGAUGUUGGGACAUAUGAGGACUUCCACACAAUUGAUUGGCUGAGAGAGAAGUCACGUGACACUGACAGACAUAGGAAGAUUACAAGCAAAAGUAAGGAAUCCAUAUGGGAGUUCAUCAAGAGUUUGUUGGAUGCCUGGUCAGGAUGGGUUGUAAUGCUUCUCAUAGGACUACUGGCAGGCACGUUAGCUGGAGUUAUAGAUUUAGCUGUAGACUGGAUGACAGAUCUGAAAGAGGGUGUCUGCUUAUCUGCAUUCUGGUACAGCCAUGAGCAGUGCUGCUGGACAUCUAAUGAAACCACAUUUGAUGACAGGGACAAAUGUCCCAAGUGGCAGAAAUGGUCCGAGCUUCUGGUAAACCAGUCUGAGGGUGCAAGUGCUUACAUUCUAAACUAUUUUCUGUACAUUAUGUGGGCUCUAUCUUUUGCUUUCCUGGCAGUCUCCCUGGUCAGGGUGUUUGCUCCUUAUGCCUGUGGUUCUGGGAUUCCAGAGAUAAAAACCAUCCUGAGUGGUUUCAUUAUUAGGGGCUACCUGGGGAAGUGGACACUCUUAAUCAAAACAGUCACCUUGGUUCUGGUCGUGUCUUCAGGCCUCAGCCUCGGCAAAGAAGGUCCUUUAGUGCAUGUGGCUUGUUGCUGUGGUAACUUCUUCAGCAGCCUCUUCUCAAAGUACAGCAAGAAUGAAGGAAAGAGGAGAGAGGUGCUUUCAGCUGCAGCUGCUGCAGGAGUCUCUGUUGCUUUUGGUGCUCCAAUUGGUGGUGUACUUUUUAGCCUGGAAGAGGUUAGUUAUUAUUUUCCCCUGAAAACCCUCUGGAGGUCAUUUUUUGCUGCUCUUGUGGCUGCCUUUACUCUGAGGUCCAUCAAUCCGUUUGGAAACAGCCGACUGGUUCUUUUUUAUGUGGAGUACCACACCCCCUGGUAUAUGGCUGAACUUUUCCCAUUCAUUCUGCUUGGGGUCUUUGGAGGUCUGUGGGGGACGCUCUUUAUCCGUUGCAACAUUGCAUGGUGCAGGAGGCGCAAAACAACCAGGCUUGGGAAGUAUCCGGUCCUAGAGGUCAUUGUGGUAACUGCUAUCACUGCCAUCAUCGCCUAUCCUAAUCCAUACACCCGGAGGAGCACCAGUGAGCUGAUCUCUGAGCUUUUCAAUGACUGUGGUGCUUUGGAAUCCUCACAACUCUGUGACUAUAUUAAUGACCCAAACAUGACCAGGCCUGUAGAUGACAUCCCUGACAGACCUGCUGGCUUCGGAGUCUACACUGCAAUGUGGCAGCUGGCCCUGGCUCUGAUUUUUAAAAUUAUCAUCACAAUAUUUACUUUUGGUAUGAAGAUCCCUUCAGGCCUCUUUAUUCCCAGCAUGGCUGUGGGAGCCAUGGCUGGUAGAAUGGUUGGAAUUGGAGUAGAGCAGCUGGCCUACCAUCAUCAUGACUGGAUCAUCUUCAGGAACUGGUGUAGACCUGGAGCGGAUUGUGUCACCCCAGGGCUUUAUGCUAUGGUGGGAGCUGCAGCAUGUUUAGGUGGAGUUACCAGAAUGACUGUCUCCCUGGUGGUUAUUAUGUUUGAGUUAACCGGAGGCUUGGAGUAUAUUGUACCUCUAAUGGCUGCAGCUGUGACCAGCAAGUGGGUAGCAGAUGCCUUUGGGAAGGAAGGGAUCUAUGAGGCACACAUCCAUUUGAAUGGUUACCCAUUUCUGGAUGCUAAGGACGAGUUCACACACCGAACACUAGCAACAGAUGUCAUGAGGCCUAGGCGUGGUGAGCCUCCACUCUCCGUUCUGACACAGGAUAGUAUGACAGUGGAAGAUGUGGAGACAUUAAUCAAAGAGACCGAUUACAAUGGCUUUCCGGUGGUGGUUUCCAAAGACUCGGAGCGUCUCAUUGGUUUUGCACAGAGACGGGAACUGAUUCUUGCAAUAAAGAACGCAAGACAGCGUCAGGAUGGGGUGGUGAGCAAUUCUAUCAUGUAUUUCACUGAAGAUCCACCAGAACUCCCAGCCAACAGCCCUCACCCAUUGAAGCUACGGCGCAUUCUCAAUUUGAGCCCUUUCACAGUAACUGACCACACGCCAAUGGAGACUGUGGUAGACAUCUUUCGGAAACUUGGACUCAGACAAUGUCUUGUCACACGCAGUGGAAGGCUGCUGGGCAUCAUAACUAAAAAGGAUGUGUUAAGACAUAUGGCUCAGAUGGCAAACCAGGACCCUGAAUCUAUCAUGUUUAACUAGACUGGUAACAGAAGAUGGGAAGAAAUAACCUUGAAGGAAUCUCUCCUAGGUUAACACAAAGGCUGCAUACAGUAUUUUGUUUUGUUUAAAGAGAAAAAUACAGUGUAUGAGGAGUGGCCCAAAACUAAGCUAUAACAGAGAGGAUUGGAUGCAGGAUGAGACUUAUUUAAUCAGGUAGUCAGGUUAGACGCUCUCUAUAGCUGCAAACAUCAAGCUAUAUUUCUUGAGUUUCCUAGUAGCUCUGCUGGUAUGUGUGAUAUGGUUUGAAGUGAUAUAGGUUUAAGUGAUAUGGUUUGAAGACAAGGAGCCAGGAGUACUGGAGAACACACCAACGUUCACACUAACUUAUUAGACAGGUGCGAAGACGAGCAGAUAUUUAUAAAUAAGUUAGUAACAGCUGUAAACCUUUGUGUUCUAAACUGAGAACAGAGCAUGUACGAUUCAUGUUGAUUUAUUUGUUACUGAUGUCAUGGUUAUUUAUUUGCUACUGAAUUAUACUAAAAUAUUUUCAUGGAAAAAAAAUCAUCUUAUUUAUGGAGAAGUUUGUCAUCUUCAUUUAUUUUGGUAAAAGUUAAUUGAGACUGGAGUGGAACGCAAGCUGUAGAAUACACUUCUGUUCACUUUAAACAUCCUGUCCUUUGUUUCCUGCUUUAAGCCGUUCAGUUUUACUCAGUUUAGCAGUUUUGUCAAUCAGCUCUCCUCUGUUAUUUUUAAAAUGCAGAGACUGAUUUGUAAGGAUUCAUUAUUUCUCUAUGCAAAAAUUGGCAAAUUGGUACUGUAAUAUUUAGUAUGAUGUAGUUUGCUAUGACUAUGGAAAAAGUGUAAAAAGCUCAUGGGGGAGAUUUUCAAAGGCACGAAGGACAAUUAGGUGUUCAACUCUCACUGAAAGUUAAUGGGAGUUAGGCACCUCCCUCCCUCCAUGUAAAUAGAAGAAACAGACAAAUGAAGCUCUGCAGUGAUUUCUGCCCUGCUCCAGUUUAUUCCUUAUUUCUCCACUGGCAAUUGUUUGCAUGUGCUAAGAAAUCACUUAAAUUAACAUAGUGUAACACUGACAGACCCCAGGCGGCGGCAGGCAGGAUUGAGCCUGGGACCUCUGGAGCUUAAUGCAUGAGUCAAAAGUCACCUGGCCCUUAGCUAAGGCUGUAGAGCAGACUCAUGAAUCUCUCUGUAAGUGGUCUUGGUGUCAUUAGAUGGGACAGAGCACCACACCCAGGAGGUGUGUGGGUUACAUACUUCCCCUAGCUGAGGAAGCGCGUUCUGAGCGUCAGAGACUUCACAGUUGAAAUCCCGGACAAAUCCCCACUUGUAAAACCAACAGACCCUGGUCUCUAGCAGGCAGGAUCAAACCUGGGAUCUCUGGAGGUAAAUGCAUGGGCCUCUAGUGCAUGAGCUAAAAGCCACAUGGCUAUUAGCUAAGACUGUGGCAGACUCAUUAAUCUAUAAGUGGUUUCGGUGCCACUAACUGGGACAGAACACCACACCCGGGAGGUGUGUGGUUUACAAUAGCAUGGCUGAAACAUUUAUUUUCUAGCAGAGCUACUCACCCUUUAAGUUGCUUAUACCAUGUACAGGAUUAAUGCUGCAACCCUCCAUAGUACCAAGCUUGGACAAGGGUGCAAGAAAGCUAUUGUUGUUGUUACCUUGUGUCACUUAUGUCCCCAGAAUGUGAAGUUUAAAAGGAAACAACUCCAAGUAUGUUGGGGUAAUGAUGCUAAUCUGGUCCUAAAGCCUUUCCAUUCUGGUGCUCUGUGGGAUACAGAAUGUAGGUAUUUUGUGUUGUAGCAGACUGUAAUAGUCUGAAUGCAGAAGGCCAAAUGCUGUCAUCAGUUACACCCUCUAUCUCUGGAAUAGAGUAGGCUAUUUUUAGAGUCACAUUGGAAUUUCGGAGUCCAUGGCUAUAAAGUAUGCCUUAUGUAAUGCCCAUAGUACAAGCCCUUUAUGGUAUCAUCAGUGUUUUAUGUCCAUACAGUAUUCCCAAAAUGCAUAAGAACAGCCAUACUGGGACAGACCAAAGGUCCAUCUUGCCCAGUAUCCUGUCUUCUCACAGUGGCCAAUGUCAGGUGCCCCUGAGGGAAUGAACAGAAUAGGUAACCAUCAAGUGAUCCAUUCCCUGUCACCCAUUCCCAGCGUCUGGUAAACAGAGGCUAGGGACGCCAUCCCUACCCAUCCUGGCUAAUAUCCAUUGAUGAACCUAUCCUCCAUGAACAUAUCUAGUUCUUUUUUUAACCCUGUUAUAGUCUGGGACUUCCCAACAUCCUUUUGCAAGGAGCUCCACAGACUGACUGUGCGUUGUGUGAAAAAAUACUUCCUUUUGUUUGUUUUAAACCUGCUGCUUAUUAAUUUCAUUUGGUGACCCCCUAGUUCUUGUGUUAUGUGAAGGAGUAAAUAACACUUCCUUAUUUACUUUCUCCACACCACUCAUGAUUUUAUAGACCUCAAUCAUAUCUCCCGUGAGUCGUCUCCUUUCCAAGCUGAAAAGUCCCAGUCCCAGUCUCUCCUCAUACGGAAGCCAUUCCAGACCCCUAAUCAUUUUUGUUGCCCUUUUCUGAAUAUUUUCCAAUUUCAAUAUAUCUUUUUUGAGAUGGGGCGACCACAUCUGCACACAAUAUUCAAGAUGUGGGCAUACCCUGGAUUUAUAUAGAGGCAAUAUGAUAUUUUCUGUCUUAUUAUCUAUGCCAUUCUUAAUGAUUCCCAACAUUCUGUUUGUUUUUUUACCUGCCACUGCACAUUGAGUGGAUGUUUUCAGAGAACUAUUCACAAUGACUCAAAAAUCUCUUUCUUGAAUGGUAACAGCUAAUUUAGACCCCCAUCAUUUUAUAUGUAUAAUUGGGAUUAUGUUUUCCAAUGUGCAUUACUUUGCAUUUAUCAACAUUGAUCUCAAAAGUUACUGGACAAACCCUAAGGCUUGGUCUACACUACCCCCCCCAAUUCGAACUAAGGUACGCAACUUCAGCUACGUGAAUAACGUAGCUGAAGUCGAAGUACCUUAGUUCGAACUUACCUUGGUCCACACGCGGCAGGCAGGCUCCCCCGUCGACUCCGCGGUACUCCUCUCGCCGAGCUGGAGUACCGCAGUCGACGGCGAGCACUUCCGGGUUCGACUUAUCGCGUCCAGACUAGACGCGAUAAGUCGAACCCAGAACUUCGAUUUCCAGCCGUCGAACUACCUGGUAAGUGUAGCCAAGGCCUUAGUGUAGAUCUCAGCCUUAAUUAUUUAAUUAAUUCUGCAGAACCUAAAAAGUUUCACAGAACUUGGUUAAUUUAAGAGUGAGGACGUUACUGUAGUAUAUAACUCAAUGUAUGCAACUACAGUUCAAUACUUGCUUUCAAGCUAUUGGACUGAGGCUGAUGUCAAACCAAAUGGGUGAAUAAAACCUUUGCUGAUGAAUGAUGCAAGUUCAGUAUUACACAUUGGUUAUGCAGGGACUGUGUUGAGUUAGACUCAGCUUCUGACAUGUAUUUGAAGUGUUCUGCACCAGGAGGCCUUCUGUUAAAGAACAGGACAAAGCUAACAUGCACCAGGCCCUUCUGAGAGUGUCACUGUAAUAGUAACUGCUAAUUUUUUUGUUUUGGUGAAGCAGAAAACAAGACCAUUCAAGCAUUGUAGAGGAUCCCAUUUAAUUCCGUGUUGGAAUGAGUGCAUACUAAUGAGUAUUGUUUUACUUUGUUUUUUAAUUGUAAAAAGCAGUCUAUAUGUUGCACCUUAUUAAAAAGUAAUGUUGGAGUCUAUUUUUAAAUAAAACAAGCUUACAGUUCUAGCCACAAAGAUGAACAUAUUGUUAAGUAAGCGAAAAAGCAUUUAUAUCAUGUGUACCAGUAUGACUUUAGAUUUCACCGCACAUGACCAGUCAAGCUUGUUGGAUGAAUUGGGAUAUCUCUGAUUGAGUUUUGUGAUUGCUAAAGUUACAUAUUGAGUUGGUCAACCCCAUACAAUGAACUUCAGACAAAUAGUCUUAUACUGUAUUUGGAGAGCAACAUUACAGUACAUUGUCUUAAUAACAUGAACUCUUAAUUUAUUUAUUUUUUAAAUUAAAGAAAGAAGAUAA